UGCCAACCACACACUUUCUGAGCCCUAAAAAAACACAAGGGGCAGCAGUUAGUUCAAGACCUCCUCUAAAACCUGCAAAACCUUUUUCUUUCUCUCUCAACUCCUCUCUUACUACUAUUCUCCGCUGCCCUUUUCUUCCAUUCAUCGCUGCUUUUCAAUCUCCACGACAUUCUCUCCAACAACAAAAAACCCAAUCCAUCAAUCAAUCAAUCAUGUCAUCCUCAUCCUCUUUUGCCUUCCACCCCACUCCCUCCGAGCAGUUGUGCUAUGUCCACUGCAACUUUUGCGACACUGUCCUCGCAGUGAGCGUUCCAUGCAGCAGCCUAUUCAAGAUGGUUACAGUGAGAUGCGGUCAUUGCACCAAUGUUCUCUCCGUCGAUACCAGGGGCCUUCUCCACCCCACGGCCGCCACCCAGCUCCACCUUGGCCACGCUUUCUUCUCCCCCACUCCCCACAAUCUUCUGGAUGAAUGCUCUCCGCCUUCAAGCCUCCUGUUAGACCAUCCUCUCAUGACCCCCUCCAACACUGGCUCAGCUUCCACUCGACUUCAGGAGAAUGAGGCACUGCACUCCCCUGUGAGCCGUCCUCCGGAGAAGAGACAAAGAGUUCCCUCGGCGUACAACCGCUUUAUCAAGGAAGAGAUCCAACGAAUCAAAGCGGGAAACCCGGACAUCACCCACAGGGAAGCGUUCAGCACUGCGGCCAAGAACUGGGCUCACUUUCCACACAUCCAUUUCGGUCUUAUGGCAGAUCAAAGCAUCAAGAAAACAAAUAUGCAGGACGGAGAUGACGUUUUAAUCACAGAGAGCUUCUUCACAGCUGCGAACAUGGGGGUCACUCCAUACUAGCUAGCGUCACUUUUAUUACUCCUAAAACUUGGUUUAAUUCAUCUCCCUUUCUCUUCUCUUCUUUUCUUGUGCUUUCUCUUCAUGCCAGACUGACUGUAAAACUCUUUCUCGGCCAUAAUCGCUUUUUUAGCUGUUCUCAUGGUUAAAAACCAAACAGUCCAUAGCUUCUUACAUUUAUGUAACCUGUUGAAGGUGUUAAUUC